AUGGAAAUAUUGAGGACUCCUGAAAGGAAUCAUGUGAGUAAGAGUAAAAUUCCUUCUCCAAUUUUGACGUCAACUUCUCCGAAAUUCUUCAAACAGAGAGAUGAUGACGUUUCAGAUAAACUUAGCAAUCACAUUACUUUGAGUUACAAGGAAAAAAUCACCGAAUUAAAUAACUUACAGCAGGAGUUGUACGACAAGAAACUUGGGUUUGAUUUGCUGAAAGAUGAACUAUUUGAGGAGGCUCAGAAGCUUAAUUUUUUGAAGUUACAAUUCGAUAAAUUACAAACAGAAAAAUUAAUGAAGAACAGAAGGUACAGAAAUCAGUUCAUCGAGUAUACCAAUUAUUCGCAAGAACAAGAUAAUAAACUGAAAGUAUUGAGAGAAGGGUUUGAAAUCAACAAAGAGCAAAUGAGAAUUGAAAAUGAUUCCAAAGUCAAUAAAAUCAUGAAAGAGUACAGUCUUAAAAUCGCAACUUUAAAUGAAAACCAGAUGUUUAGUAUGAAGAAAUCGAGAGAAAAUCUCCUCGAUGAAGUUGAGAAGGUCAAUAAUGAGAUCAAGUUACUUAAUUACGAUGAACAAUUUGAAGAAGCUUACAAUGCAUACGAGGUUGUGAAGAGAAGUGAAUGGCUAGAGGAAUAUCAUGCAUCCUGGAAAUCUGCUUUGGAAGAAACCGAGAAUUUGAAUGGGGAGAAAUCCAAGUUGUUGAAACGAUUGUCGCUGUUAAAGAAAGCCCAUAAAGCUAUGAAAGAACAAACCAAGUCUUUGGAGAACAGAUUAUCGACAUUACAACACGAAAGUAAUAAAAUUGAGUCAACAAUUUCGCAAAUCAGGUAUAGUAUCCAAGAGAAAGAAUCGUUGAUCGAAGAGUUCAGUGGGGUGAAACCGCAACUUUUGCAAGAAAUUACGAAUUGGAAGAAGCGAACCUUGUUACUAGACGAAGAAUUUAAGAGGGAAGAGAGUCUUCGACGCAUCAACCACAACAAGAUCCAAGAACUCCGCGGGAAUAUCCGAGUUUACUGCCGCUUACGACCUUAUAUCAAAGACGAAGCAGCGACAAGUAACAGCGAUGGCUACAUUUUUAUCAAACCGUUCGAUGCCAACGCUGGUCAACAGCGUAUUAUUGUGAACGAUCUGAAACAAUUGCAUGCAUUCACUUUUGAUAAAAUAUUUGGCAUGCAAGAUGACAAUUAUGAAGUGUUUGACGACAUCAAGAAUUUGGUACAAAGCUCCCUAGAUGGAUACAAUGUAUGCAUAUUCACUUACGGACAAACCGGGUCUGGCAAGACAUACACCAUGUUGAAUGAGAAAGACGGAAUAAUAAUGCAAACGAUCGAGUACAUAGUCCACUUCGCUGGCAAUCUGCACAAGCUUGGAUGGGAAUAUGAAUUAGAGGUUGAGUUUAUCGAGAUAUACAACGAGACCAUCCGCGAUUUGUUGAACCCCGAGGCGAAGCACCAGCAUGUGAUCCGCCAUGACGACAAGAAAGGAACAACAGAGGUUACAAACACACACAAGAUCACGAUCAAAUUAACACACAAUGAGGACGACGAGAUAGCAAAGAGUGCACAAAUCCGCCAAUUAAUAAGGAAUGGAAACAACACACGAAACACCAAGAGUACACACAUGAACAAUGCAUCGAGCCGCUCACACAGCGUGUUCAUGAUGAAAAUAACAGGCCAUAAUCGAAUCACGCAAGAACACAGCACCGGUAGGUUAAAUCUGGUCGACCUUGCCGGAUCUGAAAGACUGCAACAACAAGAACAAAUUACGUCGCAAGAGACCUUGAAAGAGACCACGAGCAUUAACAAAUCAUUAACGUGUCUAGCAGAUGUCAUUCAUAGCAUGAAACAUAGACAACCCUAUAUCCCUUUCAGAAACUCCAAACUAACCUAUCUAUUAAAGAAUUCACUAAUUAAUAAAUCAAAAACAUUAAUGUACGUCAACAUAUCACCAAAUAUUAACAGUAUCAGGGAAACAAUAAAUUCCUUGAGGCUCGCUAGAAAAGUGAACACCGGGUAA